AUGCAGCGACGUGACCAAUCGGGCCGCCGGGCGCCCAGCAGCAACACCGGCAGACGAACAAUGCGACGCGGCAAGAGGUUGACGGAGGAUCCUGAGUUUUCGGCUUCAAACUCUGGUGUUGGCCUCGGCGCACCGCCGCCAGUGUCCUCGAAGCGCAGUAAACAGGGCUCCAAAACUCAUGGCAUUCUUCCAAAUUGCACUGUGUUGGCGAGUCGAGCCCUUCGUACCUCGCCGAGCUCCAUUAACCAGCCUCAUGAGCACGAGCUCGAAUCGGCUUCCACGUGUGUCGAAAUGCCUGGUGAGACAACAAGGCGUGACGAGACUCUCACGAGAGGUACUGGACGCCAGCCAGGCGCUGUUCUGCAAAGGCCGAUUGCUGCCUCUGACUCUCAAAACACGGAGGACGACAACGAUGAGCCGACGUCUCCAGACCCAACGGAUUUAGCAGUCAACGAGCGCGACAGCCAGCGCGACAGCCAGCGCGACAGCCAUCAGGGGCGUGGAUGGUCAAACCAGAAGCUGCCAACCAGGCGUCUAUCGCGCGACCGACAUCAAGAGUUUGAUCUGGACCACAUGAUGCAUUACUUUGUCGAUCACCUUGAUGAAUUGCAGCAUCGCAUUGACGGAUUGUCUUUUGGUCGGUUUACAAAACCCUCGGCAUUUGCCCUCUUUUUUCGCCGCUACUGCGACGACCGACACGAAGACGCAAACUGGACACCGCCAACAAAGAAAGCGGCUAGAAAAUUGUUUUGCGACGUGCGCAGCACAUACAGCAAAUAUUAUCGGCCUGUGCAUGCCUUCCUUACCUCAUCUGGCCACGUGCGCAGGUUGAACAUAUCACGAGUUCGAUGGAUGCACGUCGACGACGUGAGCGCAGAGCCAGGGCCACGGCCAGCAACAGUCAUGAUCGCCCAGGUCCGUAUUCCGAGUGUCCCUACACCACUGCGGAUAAGCGGUCUCACCGCCUACUUGAUUGCCAUGAUAGCACGGGAAGAUGCCGCUGCCGCCAUCAUAGAGUACCUGCAACAAAGGCCAAAGCCGCAUUCAGCUGCUCGCACGCACAUCGAAGAAUGCAUCAUAUGUUGUAGACCUCCUGGCAUCCAAAAGUCCAUGAGUCCUUGA